GCUGAAGGUGCUGAAAUAGCAAUGACAGGGGACUUGGCUCCGUGUUAAAUAUCUGCCGAGCUGCCUGAAAGACUCUGAAAUGACAAUAGGGAGAAUGGAGAACGUGGAGGUCUUCACUUCUGAGGGCAAAGGCAGGGGUCUGAAGGCCACUAAGGAGUUCUGGGCUGCGGAUGUCAUCUUCGCCGAGCGGGCUUAUUCCGCAGUGGUUUUUGACAGCCUUGUUAACUUUGUGUGCCAUACCUGCUUCAAGAGGCAGGAGAAGCUUCAUCGCUGUGGACAGUGCAAGUUCGCCCACUAUUGUGACCGCACCUGCCAGAAGGAUGCUUGGCUGAACCACAAGAACGAGUGUUCGGCCAUCAAGAGAUAUGGGAAGGUGCCCAAUGAGAACAUCAGGCUGGCGGCCCGCAUCAUGUGGCGGGUGGAGAGAGAGGGCACUGGGCUCACAGAGGGCUGCUUGGUGGCUGUGGAUGACCUGCAGAACCACGUGGAGCACUUCGGGGAGGAGGAGCAAAAGGAGCUGCGGGUGGACGUGGACACUUUCUUACAGUACUGGCCACCCCAGAGCCAGCAGUUCAGCAUGCAGUACAUCUCACACAUCUUUGGCGUGAUUAGCUGCAAUGGCUUCACACUCAGUGACCAGAGAGGCCUGCAGGCAGUGGGUGUGGGCAUCUUCCCCAACCUGGGCUUGGUGAACCAUGACUGUUGGCCCAACUGCACCGUUAUAUUUAACAAUGGCAAUCAUGAGGCAGUGAAAUCCAUGUUUCACACCCAGAUGAGAAUUGAGCUCCGGGCCCUGGGCAAGAUCUCAGAAGGAGAGGAGCUGACCGUAUCCUAUAUCGACUUCCUUAACGUCAGUGAGGAGCGCAAGAGGCAGCUGAAGAAGCAGUACUACUUUGACUGCACGUGUGAGCACUGCCAAAAAAAGCUAAAGGAUGACCUCUUUCUGGGGGUGAAAGAUGACCCGAAGCCCUCUCAGGAAGCGGUAAAGGAAAUGAUACAGUUGUCCAAGGAUACACUGGAAAAAAUUGACAAGGCUCGCUCUGAGGGUUUAUACCAUGAGGUUGUGAAAUUGUGCCGGGAGUGCCUGCAGAAGCAGGAGCCGGUGUUUGCCGACACCAACCUCUACACGCUGCGGAUGCUGAGCACUGUUUCAGAGGUCCUCUCCUACCUCCAGGCCUUUGAGGAGGCCUCGCACUACGCCAGGAGGAUGGUGGAUGGCUAUAUGAAGCUCUACCACCCCAACAAUGCCCAGCUGGGCAUGGCCGUGAUGCGGGCAGGGCUGACCAACUGGCAUGCUGGGAACAUUGAGGUGGGGCACGGGAUGAUCUGCAAAGCCUAUGCCAUUCUCCUGGUGACACAUGGACCCUCCCACCCAAUCACCAAGGACUUAGAGGCCAUGCGGAUGCAGACGGAGAUGGAGCUGCGCAUGUUCCGCCAGAACGAGUUCAUGUACCACAAGAUGCGUGAGGCCGCCCUGAACAACCAGCCCAUGCAGGUCAUGGCAGAGCCCAGCAAUGAGCCAGCCCCGGCUCUGUUCCAUAAGAAGCAAUGAGGACCGGCCUGGUGGGGGAGGGGCACCGUGGCUGGGGACCUGGGGAGACGUUCUGGAGGUGGUAGGUUUCUGGGAAGACCCUUGAUGAGGAAGUCGGGGUCAUGUUCACGCUUGUUGCUGUGGGAGUAUACUGCUCUAUGUUCCUAAGUUCAUUUUGGUCCAUUUAAACUCAGUUCGAUUCAGUUGAACUCGACCCCAGCCCAGCCUAGCCUAGCCCAAUUUAUCCUGUAAAUAUUUAUUGGGUGGUAGACCCAAGGGAUAAAGAGGCUUCAAAUGUAGCUGGGCAGACAAAAUGUAAACAAUUAAAGCACAGUAUAAUAAUAAAUGCAAUGGUAAACUA